AUGACAGCUUUCACGAGCAAUAUUCCUGAUUUUGUCCUCCAAGGAUUCACAGGAAUUCCUGUUGAGUAUUAUGGAUUAGUAGGAACCUUCUUCUUCUUGAUUUAUCUAAUGCUGGCAUCUGGGAACAUUUUCAUCCUUGUAUUUGUUGCAUGUGAAAAAAGUCUGCAGAAGCCAACUUAUAUCAUCUUCUGUAACCUUGCACUAUCAGAUCUUGGAUUUGGAACUACAACUCUGCCCAGAAUCAUUGCUAAGUACUGGACAUCCGAGAUCAUGUCAUUCAAUGCUUGUUUUACACAAAUGUAUUUUGUUCAUUAUUUUGGGACAUGCACAUCAUUUUUCAUGGCAGUAAUGGCCCUUGAUCGAUUUGUGGCCAUAUGUAACCCACUGAGAUACCCAGUUCUGAUUACACACUCUACUAUUAUGAUUCUUUGUUCAGUUCUUUGGAUAGGAGCCCUCUUUUUACUUGGUGCUAUUACAGCACAUGCCCUUAGUGUGCCUUACUGUGGCCAAAAUGUUAUACGUCACUGUUACUGUGACUAUAUUUCAAUAAGUAACCUAGCAUGUGCAGACGUAACAACCAUAAAAACCACUAGUACUUCUAUUGCUAUGACAGUUUUGUGGGGUCCUUUAUUUUAUAUUAUAUUUUCUUAUGUGGCCAUCAUUAUUUCAGUCAUGAAAAUCUCAAAUAAAGAGGGACGAUAUAAAACCUUUUUAACAUGUACUCCACAGCUGUUCAUCAUCACCUUGUACUAUCUCCCCAGAAGUUUUGUGUAUCUUGCAUUUGUUAUUGGAUAUCGUUUUGAAACAAAUCUCAAUAUUGCAUUGAUAAUGGUAUACAGUAUUUUCCCUGCCAUCAUCAAUCCACUUAUAUACUGCUUUAGGACAAAAGAAAUUAAAGACACAUUAAUGAGGAAAAUAAAGCAAAGACAAGUGAGGGUAAAAUAG